GACUUCUAGAAUACUGCAUGUGUAUCACUAAAUAUUGAGACGCAAUAAUGAGAUUAAUAUUGAUUGGCUUUUGUUUUUUACUUGGUGUGUGGGGUCAGAAUGUACCCGUGGUGAACCCGAGUGUGGAUACUCAACAAGGGACGGUUAUUGGUACGCUCAAUGAUGGAGUCUACGAAUUUCAUGGGAUACCGUAUGCUGAUUCGACUUCAGGAAGUCACCGGUUUAAGGCACCCUUGCCAGCACCUCCAUUUGAAGAACCUUUCAUCGCCGACAGAAAAGGGAUUAAAUGCGUUCGAGCGUUAGGUGUGGGCUACGAGGGAGUAGAAGAUUGCCUGGUAGCAGACGUUUACACCACAACCCUCGACAGCACCCGCAAACUCCCAGUCAUGGUCUGGAUCAAAGGCAGAGAGUUCGAUAGGGUCUAUGAACACGAACUAUCCUUCAAAAACUUUCUUGAAAAAGAUGUCAUAGUUGUCUCAUUAAACUUCCGAGAGUCGAUAUUUGGUUUCCUAUGCUUGGGAACCGAAGUUGCACCUGGUAAUGCUGGUCUCAAGGAUAUUAUCGCGGGUUUGCGCUGGGUUCAAGAGAACAUUGAGAGCUUCGGUGGCGACCCUGAUUCUGUAACGCUUUUUGGUCAUGGAAGUGGCGCCGCAGCCGUUGAUUUAUUGUCGCUAUCUCCAAUGUCUGAGGGCUUAGUUCACAGAGUGAUUGCGCAAAGUGGUUCCGCUAUCGCUCCAUGGGCAGUUACUAGAGAUAACCUAGAAUAUGCGAUACAAGUAGCUGAAGCUCUGGGACAUACAGUCAGCGAUAUUAACACGCUAUCAGAAGUAUUUACAAAAACAACCGUAGCCGCUUUGACAGCAGUCAUAAAUGAACUUGAACUUUACGACAAUUCAUUAGCAUUUGCACCUUGUCUUGAGAAAGCAACGUUAGUCUCCUCUUUACCAUUUAUGACUCGAUCACCAUAUCAAGUCCUGACUGAUGGAGGAUUCUUACAAAUACCAGUUAUGACAGGCUUCGUUGAUAAAGAAGGCACUAUAAGAGCUGAAGAGGCAAUAGAAGACAGUUGGUUGGAGAAAAUGAAUGAAUCAUUUGAAGCUUUUCUGCAACCUGAUUUAGAAUUCGAAAACGAAGAAGAUGAAAAACGUAUUGUUGAUAAUAUAAAACAGUACUAUUUUGGUGAUGAUGGUAUAGACAUGGAUGAAUAUUUUAUGUACCACGGUGACACUAUGAUAAAAGUAUCAGCUAUCCGAGAGGCACAGCUACGAGCGGCUUCAUCGACGUCUCCUGUAUAUUUGUAUCAAUUUUCUUACAAGGGAACUUUGGGAGAUCCCUUUGUUGGCCCAGUAGAAGUUAACGGAGCGGCUCAUAGCGAAGAACUGGCGUACUUGUUCCAUGAAACUACAAAUGAGGAAUCUUCUCAAAUAGAUCUAACUGUGAGCGACAUUCUAAUCGAGCGAUGGACCAAUUUCGCAAAAACUGGAAACCCGACUAGCCUCACUUCCCAAGUAACUUGGAGUCCAUUCACACCGGAGAACAACAACUACCUCCACAUAUUAAAUGCUGACCAGCAGAGUUCAACUCUUGAGGUACAAAUGCAAGACCCUCAUCCCGUCACUCUUGCUUUCUGGAACAGUAUCUAUCAAGGAUACUUUAAGGAUGCCGAGGGUCAGUUCGACCUUAAUGAAAGGCAGGACCCUGAUGUUAUCGUUGUAGAUAGCAAUGAGGAUAUUGGAGACAGCAAAGAGAAUCAAGGAAACAGUGGCGAAACAGAUGGAAGCGAUGAAAAUACAAGUGUAAAUGUUGAUCCUGAUGAUGAUAAUGAUGAUGAACCUGAUUCAGCUUCCACAGCAGUUGCGUACACGUUUUCGUUUAUUACCGUAUUUGCGUUGUUGAAUAAAUUUCAUAUGAUGAGAAUUAGCUCUUGAAAAACGUGUCACUAGCGUGAGCUAUUGACUUAGUUUUUGAACAUUUGCUAGAACUUUCGUGGGUUUAUUUUUUAAAUUCGACGCUAAGUGAUAUCUUUACAAUUAAGUAAUAGUUUAGUGAAAUGUCGCUUUUAAUAAAGUACAAACAUAACAUUUUUACGUUUACACAGGUUUUAGUAAGUAGUGUAAGUACUUAGUUUUAGUUUACGAGUAGAUGCCCUGUACGUAGACGAAUUAAAUAAAUAAAUUAGUCUAGAUUUGCGUUCCUUA